UCUUCUUGAGUGGAAUAAAGGAAAAUGACGCGCUGCCGGGAGACGGGACUGGAGCUCAUGCGCUUUGCAGCCCGGGGACAUUGCGCACGGAAAUGAAUGGAGACCCCAAAGUGGCACGAGUCAAAAGACGCCUGCACCUGAAAGAAAGACGUCGAUGCUUCAUUCAUCACAAAGUGCCGCAGCUGCUCGUGGAACCGCUGCGCUCACUCGGGGACUGUUGGAACGCGGCCGUGUGGAGCAGGACUCCAGUGGGGGUUUUGGUUUUUUUAGUGCGCGCGCGUGAAGGUGAUCCACAGUCAUGAUCCUCUUUCGGAUUUGUGCGGAGGGGAGAAGCUGGACUCUGCUCUUUUUCCAUCUCUUCUGUUGUUCCACACUGGGCAAAGGCUCGCCGUGGAAUAGUGGCGCCGAAUCUCACCAGGAAGCAUCGCCUCUACUGCGAUUUCUCAAUUUACCUGCAAAUACAGAAUAUGAGAUUGUAUCUCCGUAUGAGGUCAGCCAUCGUGGUGUUUACGUCUCUCAUGAAGUCGCUCACCAUCAGCGCCGAAGAAGGCGACGCAGAUCCCUGACCGCAGACGCGGCCUCGUCAAACGCCGACGGCGGCGGUGAAGCGGUGCACUUCCGGCUGAGCGGCUUGGGGCAGGACUUCCACAUGGAGCUGAGGGAGGCCUCGCAGCGCCUGAUUGCACCUGGCUUCACCAUCCAGGUCCUGGGAAAGAACGGCACCAAGAGCCUGAGGGCCUACCGCCAGGACGACCUCUGCUUUUACCAGGGGUCGCUCAGGUCAAAGGUCAACUCCUCUGUGGCACUGUCCACAUGCACCGGGAUGUCAGGUUUGAUCAGAACGCAGGAGGCAGACUACUUCCUGAGACCCGUGUCCCUCGGCCUCGCCCAGAGGGAGAACUUCACCGCGCCCUCCAGCCACCAGCCGCACAUCCUCUACAGGAGCGAGAGGGACGUCCCAACGGAGCAGAGGGGUCGUCUGCAGAGGCGCUCCGCGGAUGCAGCGGCAAGUGAUCCGCCAGACGGAGCCGCGAACGGAGAUCAGCGCGAGAGCCGGCAAAAGCAGCGGAGGCGCAGCCACGGUUAUCGCCGUGGCGACGACGAAGACGACGACGACGACGACGACGACAACAACGGUGGCCAUGGUGACCAGACGGAUCACUACGGACACGGGGACAAGCGGCGGCAACACUUCUGCGGGAGACGGAAGAAAUACAUGCCCAAACCUCCGGAAGAGGAUGUUUUUGUCCUCCCGGACGAGUACAAGUUCAUCCCCAGGAACAAGAGGGCAGUGCUGAUGAAGACCCAGGCCAAUCAGAAGCUCAACGUGGAGACACUGGUGGUGGUGGACAGAAGGAUGAUGGACAACCACGGCCACGAGAACAUAACCACAUAUGUUCUCACUGUGCUUAAUAUGGUCUCCAGUCUCUUCAAAGAUGGGACAAUCGGGGGGAACAUCAACAUCGUCAUCGUGGGUCUCGUGCUUCUGGAUGAAGAGCAGGACGGCUUGGUGAUCAACCACCAUGCAGACCACACGCUGAACAGCUUCUGCCACUGGCAGUCUACUCUGGGGGGCAGAGAGGGACGCCACCAUGACCACGCCAUCCUCCUGACGGGACUCGACAUCUGCUCGUGGAAGAAUGAACCCUGUGACACGCUCGGUUUUGCUCCAAUUAGUGGGAUGUGCAGCAAGUACCGGAGUUGCACCGUCAACGAAGACACGGGCCUGGGUCUGGCCUUCACCAUCGCCCAUGAAUCCGGACACAAUUUUGGAAUGGUCCACGACGGCGAGGGUAACGUCUGUAAGAAGUCCGAGGGCAACAUCAUGUCUCCCACACUAGCCGGGCACAACGGCAUCUUCUCCUGGUCCGACUGCAGCCGCCAAUACCUCAGCCGCUUCCUCAAUUCUGCCCAGGCUCUGUGCCUAUCAGAUGAACCCAGAGCAGUCAAGGAGUAUCCGUACCCCGAGAAGCUGCCUGGCGAGCUCUACGAUGCAGACACACAGUGCAAGUGGCAGUUCGGGGAGAAGGCCAAACUCUGCACCCUGGAUUUCAAGAAGGAUAUCUGCAAGGCUCUGUGGUGUCACCGCGUCGGGAGGAAAUGUGAGACCAAAUUCAUGCCAGCUGCUGAAGGCUCUGCCUGCGGCCCUGAUAUGUGGUGUCGCAGGGGCCAGUGUGUAAAACAGGGCGACGAGGGCCCGAGGCCUCAGCACGGCCAGUGGUCGGAGUGGUCUUCCUGGUCGGCCUGCUCGCGAAGCUGCGAGAGCGGAGUCACCUAUCGAGAGAGACAGUGCAACAACCCCAGGCCUGCAUAUGGAGGGAAGUUCUGUGAGGGCUCCUCCAGGUCGUACAAACUCUGCAACACUGAGGAUUGUCCGCCCAACACCGUUAACUACAGGGCGCAGCAGUGUGCCGAAUUCAACAGCAAACAGUUCAGAGGAUGGUACUACACGUGGAGACCAUACACCAGAGUGGACGAUCAAGAUGUGUGCAAGCUCUACUGCUUUGCUGAAGGUUAUGAUUUCUUCUUUGCCCUGGCCAGUAAAGUUAAGGACGGGACCCUCUGCUCACUGGACAGCACGAAUGUCUGCGUUGACGGACUGUGUGAGAGAGUUGGCUGCGACCGUGUGUUGGGCUCCGCGGCCGUGCCCGAUGCUUGCGGGGUGUGUAAAGGAGACAACUCCACCUGCAAGAUCUACAAAGGACAGUACACCAAGCAGCAUUAUACCAACCAGUACUAUGGGGUGGUAACCAUCCCAGCAGGGGCUCGCAGCAUCCGUGUCAUGGAGCAGAAUACAUCCAGCUCAUACCUGGCUGUCAGGGACACCCAGAGACGCUACUACCUGAACGGACACUGGACUGUGGACUGGCCGGGCCGACAUCCCAUCGCCGGGGCCAUUCUCGAAUACAAGAGACCCUAUAACAGACCAGAGAGCAUCUUUUCAACUGGCCCCACCAAUGACACACUGGUCAUAGAGAUAUUGCUGCAGGGCUGGAACCCAGGUGUACGUUGGGAAUACACCCUGAAGAGAGCUGAUGAGAAGAAGAAUCACAUCAAACAUAAUUACACAUGGGCCAUCAUACGCUCCCAGUGCUCAGCGACUUGUGCUGGAGGCCAGAUGAACACCAGGUCAGCAUGUUACAGGGACUUGAGAGUACAGGUGAACACUUCCUACUGCAAUCCCAGAUCGAGACCAGCUACCGGACUGAUGCCCUGCAACACCAAACCAUGUCCUGCCAGCUGGUCUGUCGGAGAGUGGGGGGUGUGCAGCCGGAGCUGCGGCGGAGGGGAGCAGGUCCGGCAGGUCCAGUGUGUCCGGCGAGCCAGCCGGGCCGACGUGGACGCCCUGGCCGACGCCCACUGUGCCCAGCCCGCCCCCGCCAGGAGGCAGGCCUGCAACGCCCGUAGCUGUCCGCCGGUUUGGACCACUGGGCCGUGGUCACAGUGUUCUCGCAAGUGCGGCAACGGCCUGAGGAAGAGGACGGCGCUGUGUACGAGCGCCGACCCGGGAGCGCAGACGCACACGCUGCCAGACAGUGUGUGCGCGGGCCUGCCAAAACCUGCCGGUCAAGAAUCCUGCUUCGUCAAACGCUGCCAGAAACAACGAAAAGUCCAGUGGUUUGUCUCCACGUGGCAAGAGUGCUCAGUCACGUGUGGCCGCGGCCAUCAGGCGCGCUUCAUCAAAUGUGCAGAGAAGGACACUGCGGGAAAAUACAGAGAGCUCGCUGCCAAGAAGUGCCACCACGUCCCCAAGCCGACAGGCGAGCUCCAGAGGCCCUGCGCCCUGGCUGAAUGCCCCGUCCGCACCACCCCGCCGGUCCACCGAUGGAGCACGCACCAUCGCACCUAUCCACCUCAGCCUCCGCCUCCGCCUCCGCCAGUGUGGCACUCGUCUCCUUGGUCUCAGUGCACGGUGACGUGUGGCGGAGGGGUGCAGGCCAGGACGGUCCAGUGUGCGGCGCAGGGGAAGCCCUCUCCCGGCUGCGCGAUCCAUCUCAAACCCUCCAUGUCCCAGGCCUGCAACACAAACUUUUGCCCUCAGCCCGAGAAGAAAGACCUUGGCUGCAGGGAUUACUUCAACUGGUGUUACCUGGUGCCCCAGCACGGGGUGUGCAACCACAAGUUCUACGGCAAGCAGUGCUGCCAGUCCUGUUCGAAUUCAAACCUAUAAUCACACGAAAUUGACUCACCGGUAGUUAAUUAAGACUAUAGUUGACGUCCAUGCUUGAAAAGACAGUGCUGUUUUUUUUUUGUUUUUUUGUUGUUGCUUUAAGCGUGUGGCGACCAAUGAACAAAACGAAGGACAUUUCAGUGGAAGUGCAAAAAAGAGCUGCAGUGCCCGUUCCUCUCCCUGCGAUGCCGGACAUCUGGAUACAAGAACUUGAUGCUGACAGCACUACACAGGAAUGUGAUCAGGACAGUACAAAUAAAGGGGAGAAUUAGGAGGAGGCACCAGCGAAAUGGGAAUCUUGAUUAAAGUGAAUAGGACUGACAUGUCCAAAAGAAACUGAAAACCUGAAAAAUCCCAGCUCUGUUUAUAUACUGUAUGUAAUUGAACAGAUCUGUACCCAGGACACCCAACGUCUCCCAGGCAACCUUAAGGCCAGCGAUGGCAGAACAACAGAGGCGAGAGCGGCUGACGAGGUUCCGAGCGCCGCCGCGCAGCAACAUGCGAUACACCCUGGUGUGCGACGCGAUUCUUGACGAACUGGGAAAAUCUGGGGUCUGAUGAUGAAAAGGGAUGUUUCACUGAAACGAGCGGGGAAACAUGAUUUUACUCUGAGGCUUGAUAAAAAACAGGCUGGGAAUAAUCAAAGUGAGCUUCCUCAAUAACUGGACAAUAGCAGAAUGCUCUAUGUUGCCAUAUGAAAGAGAGAGGAAAAAAAAGUGGAGAGAAAUGAAAUGCAUCAUGCGCGAGAGAACUAUUCUGCGAUGGGUCCAGGUUGCGUGAACUGGCUUUAUACUCGGUGGUGCUACAACGUUGUCUUUUGUCACGUAAAUCAAUGUGAAAUCCUCAAGUGUCAGGAGAGAACAACUCAAUUGUGUGACCCGUGUACAGUAUUGUUUGUUUUAUUUAUUGGCUUUACAAUACAGCGUUGCUGGAAGACUGUAUUAAUAAGCAGUAUAAAUAUGUUGUUUUAUUACUCUACCCGAAGUCCAUUACCCUUAUAUUUUCUAUUAUGUUUCAUAGGAUUUCAUGCUGACAAACCUGCACCUUUUUUAAAAAAAAAUUUUUUUACGCAAAACAUUUAGUAUUAUUUUUGAAGAAAAAAAACAUCUGUGAUGUCAAAAUCUCAAUUCAGCAAUGUCACCAUUGAUUAGAGAUCACGUACAACAGCUGGUUAUCGGGAAAAUCUUCAAUCAAUAACAAGAGGUGUGAGCGUUGCUGCUUAAAGAGGCACUGCUCCAUUUUUACAAGACACUGUCCAACGUUAUUAAGGCAACCAUGUAUCGCAUGCCUUGAUCCGGCACUAAAAUAAUAGGUUGCAUAUUGGUUAUGGAUGAAACACUGACUCUGGCGAGGGCUUACGCUGUUUCAAGUUUUUACAAUGUAAAUGACACAAUAAACAAAUGCGUGUCGUGUCAGCAUCGCAGCUGUAGCAUGUAGUCGUCAGCCUGGCUGCAUUUCUUCUGCCACGGGGGUGAGAGUCUAAAUGAAUUCCUGCAAAGUGGAGAGAGAAGAAAAAAAGUUGUCGAGGAGGGGAACUUGAUCUCUUUAAUCACACUUUGUUGGCCGAAGUCUUCAACUGGCUCGGUGUUGUCAUCAUGCCCUGACAAAGGAUUUAUCUUUCCAUAAACAUAUCAGUAGCGUCACUAUCGUCAUCGUUGAUUUGCCUCCAUGACAGACGGGUCCUUUACACAGGUUUUUUUUUUUUUUUUUAUAACUUUCAGAUUUGACAGCUGUUAAUAUUGCGAUCAUGUUUGUAAAUUUAAACCUAUA